GCGAGGCGCAUGCGCAGCGCCGGCCGGGCGGCCAUUGUCACAGGAGCUGGGAAAGAGAGACUGGGAUUUGUGGAGGAGGGGGUGCAAUCCCAGACUGCUUCCCCCGGUAGAGAUGAUGAAGAGAAAGCUGUGGCCCCGGUGAGGCUGGGACAGUAAGAGGAUGCUUACCUGUGUCCGGGAGCCAGUUCGACAGGAGCUGACUGCAGCGGCGAUGGGGGUUUCUGCUGCUCCUGGCCAGCAGGAGGCACCGGACAUGGCUGAGGCAGUCCCUGAGCAGCCUGGGGAGUUGCUGGUUGCUGGAACCGGGGAAGAGGAGGAGGUGUACAUCUGCUCGGUGUGUGGGCGCGGUGUGACCGGGGCGUCGCCAUUCUCCUUGCACCAGAGGGUCCACGCCAGCCACUGCUGUACCACCUGUGGCAAGGGUUUCAGCCGCUCAUCCAACUUAGCCCGGCACUGCCGCACACACGCCCUCCAGCCAGCGCAUGGCUGCCCAUGCUGUGGCAAAUGUUUCCGCCAGGCGUCCGACCUCCGGCGGCACCGGCUGGUGCACACCGGGGAGCGCUGGCACCGGUGUGGCGAGUGUGGCAAGUCCUUCACCCAGUCAUCCAACCUGGCACGGCACAGGCGCAUCCACACCGGGGAGCGGCCCUUCCGGUGCCCGCUCUGCGGCAAGGACUUCAACCGGAUGUCCAGCCUGGAGCAGCACCAGCGUGUCCACACUGGCGAGAGGCCCUUUCGGUGCCUGCUCUGCGGCAAAGGCUUCAACCAGUCCUCCAAUCUCUCCCGGCACCGGCACAUCCACCGCCGGCAUUGGGCGUGUCAUCACCGCCGGCGCUGGGCCCUCGGCCCACCCGACCAGGACACUCUGCCAUGAGAACAUACCACCAAAACCAACACUCGCCAGAACCAACACCAAUGCCGAGCCCCCAUCAGAACUGACACACACUCUGAGCCCUCACCAGAACCAAAACUAACUCCAAGCCCCCACCAGAACCAGCACAAUCACCGAGCCCCCACCAGAACCAACACCGAGCACCCACC